AUGCGCCUGGCAUCCAGCGCGACCGCGCAGCGCGAUGAUCAGAUCACUCCCGAGGCUGUGCGCGCAAUGGCGGACGGCCCCUCGACGGCCGUGCUGGCGGCAGCACGUUACCUGGGCGGGCUGGACGCUCUGUUGCGCAAGUGGGAGCGGGAAGACAAUCCGUUUGGAGUGCCCGAUGAGGCCAACGAUGCAGCCGACAACGCCCGCCGGCUGGCGACCGCCUUCCUCGACGCCGCCGCCUGCGCCGCCGCCCCGGGCGCCCCCCCUCCGCCCCCCGCCGCGCUGGCCGCGCUGCGCGCGGUCGUGCGGCGCAGCGAGCCCCUCGCCGUCCUGCCGGGCGGCGCGCCCGCGCCGCGGGCGGACGCGCUGCUCGACUUGAGGCAGAUGCUGGACGGCAGGGACCCCGCCAAAGCAGACGCCUGCGAGGAUUGGGGCGACCUGCCGGACAGCCCGCCACAGGCGCCGCCGCCCAGGCACACGUUGCUUGAAGAGCUCAGCAACCACUGCUGCUACGCCGCCAGCUGCGCGGACAACCUGGGGGCGGUCGCCGAGGCGGUGGCGCCGUUUGGGGGCGCGCGGGAUCUGGAGAGGGCCUGGCGGGCGAGGCAGGGGCUGCAGCGGGCGAGGGCGGCGUACGAGCGCGCGGCGGGCGCCAUGCGGGCGACGGCGCGCGUGGAGGCGGGCCAAUGA